AUUCAACAACAGCAUAAAAAAGCAAAACAGAGAAGGAGAGGAAGAGGAAAAGCAAGAGAAGAAAAGCUGAGAGACUGUUUUGAAAAUUUUGCAUUUUGAUGCCAGUUUUAAAAUCAGGGAGUAGGCCACCAUGGGUGGGCCUUGCAGCUGCUGUUUGGGUCCAAAUAGCAGCUGGAAAUGCCUACACCUUCCCUCUGUACUCUCACUCUCUGAAAUCUGUUCUGGGCUUCAACCAGCAGCAGCUGACCAUGCUCGGCGUCGCUAAUGACAUCGGCGAGAACAUCGGCCUACUUCCGGGGACCGCAUGCAACAGCUUCCCGCCAUGGGCCAUCUUGUCAAUCGGAACAAUCGCAUGCUUCUUCGGGUAUGGCCUUUUGUGGCUUUCUGUCAGCCAGAUGGUGUCCUUGCCUUACUGGGUGUUAUGGAUUGCACUCUGCAUCGCUACUAAUAGCAGUGCAUGGCUCGGAACGGGUGUGCUUGUGACUAACAUGAGGAACUUCCCUCUAAGUAGGGGCACUGUUGCUGGCAUUCUUAAGGGCUAUGUUGGGCUCAGUGCUGCUGUGCUUACAGAAAUUUAUUCUGGAGUUCUUAAAAAUUCCUCCUCUAAGCUUUUGCUAUUUCUCGCCCUCGGGAUUCCUGCCCUAUGUCUGGCGAUGAUGUAUUUUGUUAGGCCUUGCACCCCAGUUUUAGAAGAAGACUCGGCUGACAAUGUUUAUUUUCUAUUCAUCCAAGGUGCCAGCAUUUUUCUCGGCAUCUAUCUUCUCACAACUACAAUACUUGAUGAUGUUCUCGGUUUGAGUACUACUAUUUCCUACAUUUUCUUUUGUAUAAUGGUUCUCUUGCUCCUGGCCCCACUUGCAAUACCAUUAAAGAUGACACUAUACCCAUUGAACCGCAAAAAGACAGGCGCACUUAGCCAGUCAACUUCUGCAGAACAUCUGAUUUCCGGCGAGCUCGAUUCAGACAAAUCAGAGCCGUUGCUAAAUCCAUCUUCGUCAACGCCAAAUCUUGGAAAUUUUCAGGAAGGUGAUGAUGCUUCGGAUGUGAGCAUGCUUCUAGCCGAAGGAGAGGGUGCAGUCAAGAAAAAGAGGAGACCCAAGAGGGGGGAGGAUUUUGAAUUCUUUGAAGCUUUCAUCAAGGCUGAUUUCUGGCUCCUGUUUCUGGUCUACUUUCUUGGGGUCGGAUCUGGUGUUACUGUUCUCAAUAACUUGGCCCAGAUUGGAAUCGCGGAAGGCAUUAAUGACACAACUGUGCUCUUGUCUCUCUUCAGCUUUUGCAAUUUUGUCGGACGUCUUGGCGGGGGUGUGGUUUCUGAAUACUUUGUCAGGUCGAAGAAUAUUCCUCGGACAAUUUGGAUGACGUACACACAAAUAAUAAUGAUUGUCGUAUACCUUCUAUUCGCUUCAUUUCUUAAUGGCACCCUUUACAUUGCAACUGCAUUGCUCGGCAUUUGCUAUGGUGUCCAAUUCUCUGCCAUGGUGCCAACCGCCUCUGAACUUUUCGGGUUGAAGCACUUUGGUAUAAUUUACAAUUUCAUGUCAAUAGGCAAUCCGCUUGGAGCACUGCUGUUCUCGGGUGUGCUAGCAGGCUACAUUUAUGAUCAGGAAGUGGAGAGGCAGAAUGGAGGUCUCACACUUGGUUCGAGUACUUCGUGCAUUGGACCCAAUUGCUUUAGGCUCACAUUCCUUGUUCUAGCCGGGGUCUGUGGUUUGGGCUCUGUAUUGAGCAUAAUUCUGACAGCGAGAAUAAGACCAGUGUAUCAAAUGCUCUACUCCGGCAGUUCGUUUCGGUUGCCUCAAAGUCCGCGCUGUUGAUGAGGUCCAUGUUGUUUUGGAGGUUAGGAUUUGCAGCUUAGGUGGUGGUUAUUCUUCAGUCAAUAAAGAAGCUUCUUGGGUCCAUCGCAUUUUCACACACAUCCGUUAUAGUGCGAAGGAUAUACAGCGUCGGAGUUAGAUCGAAGCUAGCAGAUGAUAGUGCAAAGGAUAUACAGCAUUGGAGUUGGAUCAAAUUUGGCAGAGACAGUAACCUCCCUUGAUCUUCGAAGUAUUCAACUUUCCAUACCGCAUCACGCAUUGAUGAUACAACAUUGAUUGGAGCUUUUGUUAUAUGUUUUCAGAUCGAAGGAGGUUAGUCACAAGCUAAAGCAGGUACCUAGAUGUAACAUCUCUGUCAAAUUUGGAAAAUAUAGUUAUGAUGCUUUAGUAAUACAUAUAUCGCGUUUUGGUCCCUUCAAAUUGCUUUGAUUUCUAGUGACGUUUGAGAUCAUUGCUGCUUAAGGUAGUGACCGCAAGAGAUUUGGAUUUU